CUUUCCCUAGCCUCCUCGAACCCGGCACAACCAUUUUCUUGAGCUCCGCUUCGUCUCUGCGCCUUCAGCUCGUCGCCAUUGCCGCAUAAGCUCAUCUGCUCUUCCAAGGUUUCAAAUCUUCCAACUACUAAAGCGCGUCUCCCUUCACUGGAAAGGUUGAGUAGUUCUUCCAUCAGAAGGAGUUUCUGUUCACCCGGCAACUGCAUCUCAGACAUUCGCUUUGCUCUCCCUCCCGGAAGUCACUGAGUUCUUCGCAUGAUAUAAAAAGAUCUUGCUCUAUCUACAAAAAGUUAUUUGCGAGAAACUGAUUUGAUCCUCUUUACUGCUGAGCUUAAUAAUCAGUUAUUUGCUGCCGAAACAGAGGACAACAUAUUAAACAAAAGAAACAAAGGACAAAAUGUCUUACAGCCCAUUGGUUUCACUAACCCCAAAAGAUCGGCUGAAAACAAUUUUUGUCCGUGUCAUACGCAAAUGGGAAUUUAGAGGCAUAAAUGAUGAUGGUCCCCUGCAGCAUAUAGACCUCAUUCUAGCAGAUACUCAGGGAAGCGCCAUUUAUGCUGAGAUACCACCUACUGAAGCUGAAAAACAUGGUCGUAUCAUACAACCUUGUCAAAAUUAUAUCAUGAGCAGGUUCAGAAUAUGCAAUGCCAAAGACUAUUACAAAUCUGUUCAAGCUCCCUACAUGCUUGAAUUAACCUGCCAUACACGUGUAUCACACACUGAAGAGCCUGGUUCAUUUCCCAAUUAUGUAUACAACUUGACACCAUUUUCUGAACUGCAACAAUUCGUUGGUGACAGAAAGAAAUUUCAUGAUGUACUCGGAAUACUGAUUGAGGCCGCUGAACCUGAAUGGAUAUCUUUCUCCAAUCAACCUAAACCAAACCUUCGUAGAAAUAUUUUGCUGCGAGAUGCCACCGGUAAUGAGGUACGAGUUUCUCUAUGGGGCCAAAAAGCUUCCGCAUUUAACAUUGACAAUUUAAACGACUCAAGUGGACCUUCACCAACCACAAUUCUGUUAACUGGCUGCCUGGUGAAAACAUUCCAAGGCCAACUUUAUCUGAGCGGCCACUCUGCUUGUCACUGGUAUAUAAAUCCUGAAAUUCCUGAAUCUGAGACUCUGCUCCAAAGUGUCGGGAGCCAAAAUAUUACAGUUCGAAAGACAGGAACGCCUCUGGAGGAUCUUCCAGUUCCUCAGACUCAACAGAACAAAGAACACCUAACUCUUAGGGAGAUGCAAGAUAUUGAUCCUUAUGAAUUCCCAGAAAAAGGUUGUAUGUGUACCGUUACUAUAACUCGCUUGAUAGACGCCUCAACAUGGUGGUUCCCUUCAUGCAAUUUCUGCAACAAGUCAUGUAAGCAAGAAGGUUGUGAUUUCAUCUGUUAUGAAUGUGGGACUACUAAUAAAUUUUCUUACAAGUACAAGCUAAACUUUAUAACCAGUGACGGUACAGAAGAAGCUGAAAUGAUAUGUUUUGGUGAGAUCGGCCGUCGGAUUGUAGGAAAGCCAGUCGAAACAGUUAUGCGCACCCCAAAAGGAAAUGAUUUACUACCUCUAGAUGUCGCCGGCAUUGUCUCUUCCAAAUUCACAUUUACUGUAUUAAUGACUGAAAAGAGCUAUCGGGUGCCGAAGAAAAGUUAUCGAAUAACUUCAAUUGUUACCGCCUAUGGAAAGCAAAAGAUCACACCAAGCCUCUCUCAGAAUGCUCCACAAUCAUCUCAGGACAUAGGAACAUCUGAUAAAGAAAUUGCCAAAGUAGAAACUAUCUCUGCAGCAAGUUGUCCUUCAAGCAGUCAGCUGUAUGGUCUCCUUACUCCCACAAAGACGCUCCCUAUACAAUCCAUGCACUUACAGACACCAGAAAAAAGUGUCCUACUAUCUUCCAAGGAUGCUGAUGUACAAGUUGUAGAGGAUGCUGAAGCAACAAAUAAAUCUGCAAAAAAACGUCUGUACACGUCUGUUAUGGAGGCAGAAAAGUCCAAAGUUCCAAAUAAGUCGUCAGACAAAGACAUGCCUGAUAUACCAACUGAACUUGCCAAAAAUGAUGCCGCCAUUCCAAGUCUAUCUACAAAGAUGGCUGAAAAACAAGAGCCAAUCAAUCAGGAAAAGGCAAUUUAUGGCAAAGGAACAAAAUCCAGCAAGAAAUGAUGACUGCUGAGCCUUUUGUCAACCUGCUCAGCUACAUCAGCCUACAAGGAUGCUGCUCACAAAACAGCUCAAACUAUCUGAUGAAACGUUGUUUACUAUAACAACUGAACUUGAGCUGGGUUGCAAUAACUGUCUGCAUCACUUAUGAAGUAUGCAAACGACUAUUAGAACUACUAUUAAUAUGUAUGUGCUGUCCAGUAAUAGAAAUCAGUAGUUAUGUCUGUAUGCUCAAGAACUCUAUAACUAUGUUGCCUAAGUCUAUGUAUCUUGAACAUUUAUCCUCUGCGUGAGAAAUCUUAGCUUGUGUUCCAA